CGUUUCGUCCCUCUUUCGGUCGUCCGGCUCUCUCGAGUGAGCGCCGAUCAGCUCUCGCGCGCGUUUUCCCUCGUCUCGCUUCGCCUGGCGCGCUCGCUCGAAAACGCUACCUGGUCGAAUUGCUACCAUCGCGAAAAAACCAACUCCCGCCGAAAUCGUCGCUUGAACCACAUGUCCCCGGCGUUCGCCGCAGGGUGAUGUGAGAACCCGAGCGCGCGGCUCGCGAGGACCACGUGGAGACACACGUGUCGAUCAAUCGGGGACCCCGUCCACGAUGGAUCGAUAGACGGGAGGAUGACCUCGUGACAUGAAAGGACGACUUUGAAAAUGACGAGGAGCAGCGGCAUGAACGGACGAGGAGUCGGCGGCAGCGAAGGAGCGCUGGUCCUGCUCCUCAUCGCAUUGACUCCUGUUAUCUGCUCCGCCGGAAUCCUGGACCCUUGGCAAUGGGCGCGUAGCGAUCGGAUCGAAGUCAACAUACCUUGGCUGCCCUUCGAGAACGAGACGCGCUGCUACGACGAGCUGGGCUGCCUGAACAUCACCAGGAACUGGUACCACCUCAUUAAUCGGCCGCUCAACGUUUUUCCGUUACCGCGAGAGGUCAUCAAUACCAGGUUCAUUCUCUACACGAAUCAGAACCCGAUCGAAGGUCAAGUGUUGAAAGUGUCCAAGGACAAGUCCAUCGAGCACUCGAACUUCAAUCCCAAGCGCAAAACCAAAUUUAUUAUCCACGGUUUCAUUGACACGCCGCUGAGCAACUGGGUGAAGGAGAUGAGAAGCGAGCUGUUGGUACACGGCGACUACAACGUUAUCGUGGUCGACUGGGCAGGUGGGAGUUUACCUUUGUACACCCAAGCGACGGCGAACACGAGACUGGUCGGGCUGGAGUUAGCUCAUCUCAUCAAGCAUUUGCAAACCAAUUACGGCUUGGACCCGAACGACGUGCACCUGAUUGGCCACAGCCUCGGCGCUCACACGGCCGGUUACGCGGGCGAAAAAUUGGCCGGCAAUAUCGGCCGUAUCACCGGCUUGGAUCCCGCGGAACCGUAUUUCCAAGGAAUGCCGAGCCACCUUCGAUUGGACUACACGGACGCCCGGCUGGUCGAUGUGAUACACACCGACGGCAAGAGCAUCUUCUUUUUAGGCCUUCCAGGAUACGGGAUGAGUCAGCCGUGCGGCCACUUGGACUUCUAUCCGAACAACGGCAAGGAACAACCUGGAUGCACCGACCUGAGCGAGACCACGCCAUCGUUGCCGCUGACCCUGAUACGCGAAGGUCUCGAGGAGGCGUCGCGCGUCCUGGUGGCGUGCAACCACGUGCGCGCGCUGAAGCUCUUCAUCGAGAGCAUCAACUCCAAGUGUCAGUACGUGGCGCACGAGUGCUCGAACUACGCCAGCUUCCUGCGGGGCGAAUGCUUCUCCUGCAAGAGCAACAACAGCCUGAGCUGCGGCGUGAUGGGUUACCACGCGGACACCAGCCCGGCGUUGGUCAAGCGCCAGGCGAUGGGCCAGGACGUCUCGUCCUUACUGGGCUCGAAGUUCUUCUUCGUGACCGGCAAGGAGGAUCCAUACUGCAGAAGGCAUUACAGGAUCACCAUCAACCUCGCCCGUCCGUCGACCGCGGAGAGCUGGGUGCAGGGCUUCAUGAAAGUCACUCUUCACGCCGACAACGGCGUGAUACGCAACAUGGAUCUAACACCCAGUGGUUACAUGAAACUGGAGCACGGCUCAACGGCACGAAUGGUCGUGGCCCAUCCUACCGGUUCCAUCGGCAACAUCGGUAAAGUCAGGCGAGUUGAGCUUUCCUGGGUGUACGACAUGGACGUGUUGCAACCUCGUUCCCUCUGCUUCUUCUGGUGUAAUGAUCACCUUUACGUCAACAGCGUCUCCGUGGACAUCAUGGAUCUGCCGGGCAGAGGAAAACGGGAGGCGGAUUUCUCCAGUAAGCUCUGCUCGGCCGGCAGGCAGGAGUACGCGGAAAUCGCAAGUGGAUCCACCGCCUCGUUCGUCGACAAUUGCUGACGGUCCGUUCGGGAGAGCGCGGACGAAGCGCGCUCAGAAACGUCGUCGAGCCAACAGCUGCCGCUUCCAUCGGAGAGCCGGCGGCUCUCGAAAGUCGGACGAUGAUUAAGCGAAGUAUGCGCUCGCCCGAGGAAUAGUCGGGAUCGCGGACCCUCGUCGUAAUAAUCUCGUCGUCGUAAUUCCUUUCGCUAAUGAUACGGUGGGAAGCGAGGGGGUUUUACGCCUGUUUGACUUUCUUCCUAUUUAUCGCGGCCGGGCCGACCCGAGCGUCGCUUUCUUCAAACACAGCCUGACGCGGCGAGCGCUCCGCUAAUUAGCAACGUUACACGUCGCGAGGCCGAACUUGAGGGCUCCACCGGAGGCGGUUGCGUGUCAUGCGGACGAACGACGACGGCGGAUUGGGUAUGCUAUUCGCCGCUUUACACGCGGACGCUUACACCAGUUCCUAAAGAGAUCCGUCCGCGCGUUCGGCGAAAAUGAAAUCCCGAACGCGCGUAACGCCACUCGGACGUGACGAUUGCGAAAGAGGAAACGAAACUUUCGGACGAGUCCGACUCGUUAAGCCGGGCGUAUACACCGAGCGAACGAACGAAGAACGAAUGGCGGAUACGGACUUUCGUUGAUACAAUUUGGAAGAUUCAAUGGAACGGGUGAAACGGAUGAACAGAACGGUGGCCGGUUUCCUUGCAAGGCGGCUUAUCGAAGUUCGCGCGCGUUUAGACGCGCACACGUUUACAUCGAACGUUUACUUCGUUCGUUCGUUCGUUCGCCGAGUGUACAUCCUCCUUUAGACUCGAAAUUAAAGGAGCGCGCCACCGACUCGGAGAAUCGGUCCGACUUUUCGCUACUCUCGACGAAUGAUUUCUUCUUCAGUAUUACGCACGAUCGAUCUGCUGCAUGUACAUCUUGUAUAUAACAUUAGUCGUUAACGUUAACGUUAAGGCUUCCUUCCGGAUGUGAUUAUUAUCGCUAAUAUGCCGUGAUUGCUACUCUGUAAAGUGUUCUUAAUAAGCCAUUAAUGCAUGUAUUAUACAUCGAUACAUACAUAUCCUUUUCUACGAUGGUUUUCUUAUUAUCGCGCCGCCUCAUCUGCGACGCGAAUAUGAUGAUAGCUUGUGAUAUUCUCUCGUUAAGGAUCCUGCAAAAUGCGCAAAACGCGGUGACGAACUCGAGGGCGACGAAUUGUACUGCUGUUUGCUCAUAGUCCUUGCAUAAAUGUAAUGUACAAAACGACUAAUGUGGAAAGUGAAUUCUCGCUAGUGAUAAGAAGUACCACGGACCU